AUGUAUGGAGUCGCUGUGGAUGCGAAUACCGCUUUUUUCUCGUCAAUUGCAUAUCCAGCAGUUGCAGAGCUAGGUCUUCGAGUGAACAAGCUCGGCAAAUCCAGCGUGACCUAUGAAGUUGGUAUCUUUGAGCGGGGCAUGGAUGAGGUUAGGGCUGUGGCACAAUGUGUCCAUGUCUUUGUCGAGCGCUCAACAGGGAGACCGUCGCAUGAAGGCAUGAGUUCAAAAUUGAGAAAGGUUCUGGAGAGACUGUGCGUGGAACAAAGAUCACUUAAGCUGUAA